CUAGUUUUAGUCCACAACAUAUUUGUUGUUUGCUGCACACUGUGUUCCAAAUUAUUUGGCAUGCCAGAUGCUGGUUGGGAACUGAUUUAUAUGCACGUAUUGCACUGACAGAACAAACUUCCCGAUGUAUUUGUCAGAUUUGGUCUUCACUUGCCAUUGUCCCUACCUGGGGUGCUGGAAAUCUGGCAACCCUGAGGUAAGCAAACAAAUGGAGCAAACAUUGCCAUAAGGAAUGAGAGAAAACAUGAUGGUUCCUCUUUUGAUGAAGAAAAUCUGCUUAGCCUGAUGUCUGAUUUGUUUAUAGCUGGUACAGACACCACAGCAGCAGCUCUGAGAUGGGCAUUACUGCUAAUGAUGAUUUACCCUAAUGUUCAAGAAAAAUGCUUUAAGGAAAUUGAAUCCAUUGUUAAUGGUAAGGAAUUUGCAUCUUACGAUGACAGAUUAAGACUGCCUUAUACACAAGCCGUUAUCCAUGAAAUCUUACGUUUCGCAAAUGUUGUUCCCCUCAGUCUUCCACAUGGUGUAACUAAAGAUGUAUUAUUUAGAGGAUAUACCAUUCCAAAGGGUACCAGGGUGAUGGUAAACCUGAACUCUGUCCUUCAGGAUGAGACUCAGUGGAAGUUCCCCCAUGAAUUUAACCCUGCCAACUUCCUCAAUGACAGUGGAGAGUUUGUUAAACAGGAAGCAUUUAUGCCAUUUUCAACAGGUCCAAGGAUUUGUUUAGGUGAUAAUUUAGCCCGGAUGGCGAUCUUCCUCUUUUUUACAUCUUUACUGAAUAAGUAUGAACUCUUCUGGCCUGAAAAAUCCACAGCACCAAACAUCACACCCAUGUUUGGGAUAGUACAUUCCCCAUAUCCCUUCAGAGUGGGAUUAAAAUACAGAAGGAGCAGUUAAGCCAUAAGGAAAUAGAAAUUAGAGUUGGGUCAUUUCAAACACAACUAUAUGUUUUUGCUAUUUUUUAAUUUAAGUCUUAACUUUUUGUAAUAUAAUUUGCUAUAGAUUAUAUUCUGCUUCCUAACAGAAACCAAAAAUGUCCAAGUUCUAACUCUACUGUUUUGUAGAAUUGAAAUGUGUGAGUUAUAUUUGAUGGUACAUUUUCAUUUCUGCUCAAAUCUGAAACUGUAUAAAGGUUUUAAGUAAAUGCAUCAAAAGAUAAGAUAAACUGGCAGAUAACUCCUUGUCAGUUCUUUUUUUUAACCAUUUUUACUGAUUUUCAUGAAAUAAAUACAAGAAAUACGAUAUAUAAAUAUACACAAUAUAUGUCCUAAAAACAUCAUAACAUGGAACAAUGACUAUUUACAAUGUCCAUAACAGAUGUAAUGUAAUUGUUGUGAUUAUAUUUUAUCUAGUAGUUUUUCAAGCUUCAACCAAGUGAAUUUCUUAUGUGUUAUCUUAGUAGUUCUUUCUGAAAUAAGUUGCACAAGCAAGGACCAAAGACGGUGCACCUGUAUUUUGGGGAAAUGUGUUGGUAUCGGUGCAUUGAACAGUAAUAAUGAGUCAGAUACUUCACACUUGUCUGACCACGAUGCUUUUAUGAAAUUUCUGAACUCUAUCAAGAAUGGGGUUACUAUUUUCCAUGUAAGAGCAUGUGUACCCAGUCUGCACCAAGUAUUUCCUCACAUCUCCAACAUUUAUUAAGAUUAUUUUUUGAUAUCAAGUUCAUCUUAUAUGGGGUGAUAAAGCUCCUAUGGAUGUAUUUCUAAGUGAAUAUUUUUUAAGAAGGGGAUGACAUUGUGCUACUAAUCGAUUUAAGUACUAAUUCUUUAUCACUAUCUGAAAAAAAUGGAUUUGUUUAUUCGGUCUGUGAAAUUCCAUAAGGAG